AUGGAAGCAAGCCCCGAUAUUGCGCGCGGGUUCCACAGAGGCAACAAAGAGGAGGUUGCCCGUUUCUGGCGGAACGCAGAAAUGGAGUUGAACUCUGUAGGCCCACCGAUGAAAAACAUUACUGAGUGGAAAAAGGUUUGGACAGACGUAAAAAAGUAUGUGCGUCACAAGGCAGCCGAAAAUUUGAAACACUCGAGAGGCACUGGAGGGUGUCCGAAUGUGCAAAAACCAUUUUCCCCCAUCGAAGAGGCAAUAUAUAACCUCAUUGGCAUGAAAGAGUCCGUUGAGGGAGUGCCGGCGAAAACUUUAGGAUUGCCGAGUUCUGAUGUGGUUCAAGUAAAUGAGGUGCCAGAAGUGCCUACAGAAGGGGGUGAAUUAUGUUCCGAGGACUUGGAUGUAAUUUGGGCUGAGAAACUGGUCACUGGUUUUGAUUAUGCAUUACCAGCAGUUCCAAAAAGAGCUAGUAAUCGGACUGUAAAGAAGGUGGUGGCGAAAAAUGCUACAGAAGUCGUUGAAGCAGAACUGGCAAUUCAACGAGACAUGUUGGAAAAGGUAACAAAUAUAGUUACUCCCAUGACAGAGCGCAAUGAGGCAGAUAAAAAGCAUUUCGAGGCGAUGGAAGCUCUAAAGAGAGAGGAAAUCGAUGAAAUGCAUCGACAUAAUGAUCUUUUAGAAGAGUUAUUAAGGCUAAAUAUUUAA